AUCCGUGAGGGCUCUAUCCGUGAGGGCUCUGCGAUGAGAAUCAAAUUCACGAACGGGAGAUUGAUAACGGUCCGCCAAUGCAUAAAAUUGCGUAUCUGGCUUCAUGCCUCCAAGAUAAGCGAGGAGGAGGACUUCUAUCUUCUGGAGAAUGUAGAUGAUGUGAUUCCAAAUACUUUUGGUGCGCACGCCAUUUUGGGGCAGAGGAGCUUCAUUCAUGAGGGGAUGGGUUCUGAUCGGAAUCCAUCCCUGUGCCCUAUUGGUACAUCACGAAAAUCUAAGGGUAAGACAGUGAGCACUGAGAAUAGCGCAAGAAGCUAAAACCUUUUUCAGAGGAUCGGGAUAAACAAGACAAACGACACGCAGAGGCCAAGAGAGAGGCUUCAGAGGCAGAGCGCAAGAGAUGUGAAACUGAGGUCGCAAAAGGUCGGGCUGCCAGGGAAAGCAGUGGAAACCACGAUCCAGAGGCUCGGCGGUAAGGUCAGCAAGGCUGAGAUUACAUGUGUUUCUCGUUGAUACAUUCCACUGGUUUUCUACCAUCUUGCAAAUAAGAUUAAAUGCAUUGCAG